AUGGCCGCAAAGUGGAGCGCUUUGGCCCACCUGCCCUUAUGGGCGCAGGCCUCGUCCGGAAGCCUGGCAGUUGCUGAGCUCCCUGGAGGUCUCACGGUCUUCCUCCUGGGGAAGCGGGCAGCAUACCAGAGUGGAGAGACCUCUGAAGUGGUGCACAUCUGCGUCCAGGACGGCAGUGGCUUCAUCGAGCGCAGAUUGCUGAUUGAUGUGAAGAUCGAGCCCAGCGAGACUGCGGAGCCAGAGCCUUUCCAGCAGCUUCACAUCUCCUCCGGGUAUCGGGCGCUGGCACUCUGGUCGCCCGCACGCUGCGCGGUGGUCAGCCUCGAUGGGGCUUUGGAGCAGCGGCAGGAGCGACUGGAGGCGAUGGUCUUCACGCCGGCAGGAAAGAGCUUGGUGAAAGUGGCCUGGCACCCUACCAGUGAUGCUCACCUGGGUAUUCUCUUCAGCGAUGGCAGCUGGUCUUUGUUGAAUCUGGCAAUGUCCAUUGAUGAGCCUGAGCUGCACUUCGUGGGUGACGAGGUCUUCGUCGAUUUCACCUUUGUCUCCCUGGGAAGCAAGGCCGUGCGAUCCUUGGGGUCCGAGGACGCUUGGCUCUCCCUGAGCGUGUUCUUUCUUGCAGCUUCUGGCCGUGUCUCAUUCCGCGGCCCUGUCUUGCCCUCCACAGCAGUGCUCAGCUUCAAGGAAUAUGAAGCAUUGCAAGCAGCUUUGGUACAGGAUUCGUCUCCCUUGACUGUGGCUCUGGCUGCGUCCCUGUCUGCAAGUGCGGCGCCCGAUGGUGAACAUGAGGUGGUUUUGGUGACCCAUCGGCAUCAUCUUCACGGAAGUGGCGAACCGAUGUCCUUAUCGCUACAGCUGCCGGAGCACAUCAUCGAAGAGCCGUCCACCACGUCCACCCCAUGUGGCGGCACCAGCUUCAGCACGCUUCAGGUUUGCAGCUCUUCUCCACUGAUCCUCCUAGCUCGAGCCACCUCUUCUGGCCUUGUGGAGCUGUUGGCCUUGGACACACCUGUGCGGCCCAGCGCGGCGAGCAGCGCGCCUCGCGUGGCCGCACGGGUCUUGGAAGAGAUCGAUCUCUCGUGCAGUCGAUCUCCCAGUCGCACUGGCACGUCCGACUUCAUUCGACUCUCGAAGCAUUCCCUGGAGGAUGCGCACCUCUUCGUGCACACACGCAGCCUGCUUGCGGCCAUCGAUGUGUCUAGUAGCUGCUCCUCCAGCUGUAGCAGUUCGACGGUCACCACCUUGGCAGAGACGCGCUCCGACGAGAUGGAUUUCGUGAGCUGGACAGUGCUGGAGAGCGGUCUUGGGUUGCUCUUGCGCAUGGAGAGAGGCACCUCAUCCCGAAGACCGGUGAUGAAGCUUCUCGAGGUGACGCCAAGAGACUCCGCACCCGACCGCCGCAACGCUUCUAUGCACUUCUCCAAGCAGAGUCCCUUGGAUUUGCUCGAGCAGCCGAUUGCAUCCUUUGGUGCUACGCCGCCACAAACGGCCGAAAAGCCACUGGAGCUAGCCACCCGGGUGGCUGGCCUGCGAGGCGGCCUGGCAAGCAUUGCCUGUCGCCAAGAGCUUCUGAAGCACUUGGUCUCAAAAUCUUUUCCCGCACGAGCAGAAGAGAUCAAACAGGAGCUGGACGUGGACACCAGCGAGCUGCUCCGGCGCUCGGGCGCGGGGAAGCAGCGGGCGAAGCAGCUGCUGGAGCGGCAGAAGGAGUUGGUGGAACGACAGGAGGCCUUGGUGAAAGCCCUCCGUGCUGCGGCGGAGUCUUCCAGCUUGGAAAGCUUCAAGGACACCGUCGUCCCGAAGCUCUACGCCCAGCUCUACGAGCUCCGUCGCGCGGGCCAGCUGCUGCAGAGUGCGAGUCACGCGGGGCACCCGGGGGAGAAGUAG